GGCCGGGCGGGCAGCAUGGCGGCCGCUGCCGCUUCUCGGCCGCUGCAGCUGACGCUGGCGCUGCUGAAACCGGACGCCGUGGCGCACCCGCUGGUGCUGGAGGCCGUGCACGAAACCAUCCUCAGCAACCGCUUCCUCAUCGUGCGCGCGAAGGAGUUGCGCUGCGGGCGGGACCAGAGCCGCCGCUUCUACCGGGAGCACGCGGGGCGUUUCUUCUACCAGCGGCUGGUGGAGUUCAUGGCCAGUGGCCCCAUGUGGGCUUACAUACUGGCCCACGAGGAUGCUGUCCCCCUCUGGAGGGCCCUGAUGGGACCCACCAAAGUGUUCCGUGCUCGGAACUGUGUCCCAGACUCCAUCCGAGGAGCUUAUGGCCUCACUGACACCAGGAACACCACUCAUGGCUCAGAUUCAGCAGCCUCAGCCAGCAGAGAAAUUUCCUUCUUUUUCCCCGAGUUCAACGAGCAGCUCUGGUACCAGCAGGAGGAGCCAAGGCUGCGCCGGGGGCCCGUCCACUACGACCCCACGCAGAGAGUGCACUGCCUGCCCCCGGGGGAGGGCACGGGGAUGACCUGAGACCCCCGGGUGUUCUGUGAAAAUACAGAAGCCAGGCUUUGUUUAGCUGUGGUAUUUUGGAAGGAAGAAGAUCAAAUAAAGAGGAAAUCUGGCUAAUAGAAGUACUAGAUAGUCACUGGGGAACCUAAUGCAAAGACAUUGGACUGAUGGGGCAGUUCAUGUCCUGGACAUGUCAGUAACAGGGAUCAGGAUCUGAUGAAGAGAUGGAAACUGUUUCUGCGUGGGAUCCUCUAGCUUUGAGCUGCGCAUGGUAUGGCUGUGGCUGUCCUGCCCCUGGACCCAAAGCAAGCCCGUGAGUGCAGGUGUUGUGUGUUUUUUCUUGCCUGUACCUCUGUUUUGUCAAGGCCUGGUUGAAUUUUGGUUAACAAGUCCCCAAGUAGCCCCUGCGUGGUCUGUCUUGGGUUUCAGGUGGGAGACUUAAUUUUCUGUUAUAUGGUCAUGGUCUAUUUUUGCUGUAGUUUGAUGUUCAAGGUGUUGAUAUAGGAAAUAACAUGACCAGCAAAUGGAGCCAAGUGUUCAUUUGUUAGUGUGUUGAAUCUGCUCUUCUCCCAUGGCAGCCCAUUUCAAAGAUCUGUUGCCUACACCAUUAAAAAAGCAAACAAACCAAACA